CAGUUGCCGCACACAGACGGUGAUUCUUCGACUUUCUGCUGCAAAUCUCUGUCUCGUCUAAGGAAAUUCUGCAAGGAUGGGUCGUGUGCGCACCAAGACCGUGAAGAAGUCAUCUCGACAGGUAAUUGAGAGGUACUACUCCAAAAUGACAUUGGAUUUCCACACCAACAAGAAGAUUUUGGAGGAAGUUGCUAUAAUUCCUUCCAAGCGUCUCCGCAACAAGAUUGCUGGAUUCUCCACUCACCUCAUGAAGCGUAUCCAGAAGGGACCAGUCCGUGGUAUCUCCCUGAAACUGCAAGAGGAGGAACGUGAGAGACGCAUGGACUUUGUUCCUGAUGAAUCUGCCAUCAAGACUGAUCUCAUUGAAGUUGACAAGGAGACCCUUGACAUGCUUUCAGCCCUCGGCAUGUCUGACCUUCCAGGCGUUGUCAAGCAGGCCGCUGAGCCACAAGCAGUGGCAGCUCUCCCAUCAUAUGGCCGCGGUGGAGGUGGUUUUGGACGGAAAUACUAAUAAGAGAACAGUUACAAUGAUCUCUUAUGAUCUAUUGAAGAAACUUUUUGGUAGAUUAUAUGUUUAGUUUUCCCUAAUUUUUCUUUUAAAGAGUCUUUGAAACUCAUUCCAGUGUUUUUGAAACAUAAAUGAUGAACAACCCCUUUUGGUGUUAAAAUGCAUUUGAUACAUUCCCUCAA